ACUUUGAUCGUUCAUUUUUGCACGAACAGUUUGUAGCAAGGACUUUACCCCAGAAGCUGGGUAAAAAUAAAAUUUAGCCGAUAUUACGCAGUGCAAUAUACAUUAAUAGGUUAGAUAUUAGGUCAUUUAUUUCCUCAACAGCACAAACUCGAAGGCGUUCACAAAAAUACAUCUAUAUACCGUUUGGUUUGUAUUUAUGAACUACGCUACCACUUUUCUACGUACUCUGGCUGUUCGGCGUACAGUACAAACUCUAAGCAUGUCUUCUGCUGUUCAUGAAAACGUGAAGAAUUAUUAUGGCUCUCGGCUGGAGACUUCAGAUGACUUGCAGACCAAUGCUGCGUGUGUCAUGCCCUCCAGACCUCUGCCCAAAAGUGCAUGUGAAGCCUUGAAACAAGUCCACCCAGAUGUUUGCAAGAGAUAUUUUGGCUGUGGGCUGGUGAUUCCAGAGAAGUUGGAAGGAUGUGCGGUUCUUGAUCUGGGCAGUGGAUCGGGAAGAGACUGCUAUGUCCUCAGCAAACUAGUUGGGGAGAGAGGUCAAGUCAUAGGACUGGAUAUGACGGAUGAGAUGAUAGUUUCCUCGCAAAAAUAUGUCCAGUACCAUCAGGAGAAGUUUGGAUACUCAAAACCAAACACUGUGUUUGUGAAAGGAUACAUGGAGAAGCUCAGUGAUGCAGGAAUACAGAACAACUCUUUGGAUGUAGUUGUGUCAAACUGUGUUAUAUGCCUGUGCCCAGAUAAGAAGACUGUGAUAAGUGAAGCUUACAAAGUUCUGAAGGAAGGUGGAGAGUUGUACUAUAGUGACAUGUAUGCAAGCAAAGUAGUUCCAGACUCUUUCAAGGAAGAUCCAGUUCUGUGGGGUGAGGGAAUGGCUGGCGCCCUCUACUGGCAGGAUCUGAUCACUCUGAUGAAGGACAUAGGCUUCAGCACUCCCCACCUGGUUGCAGGCAGUCACAUUGUGGUUCACAACCCAGAACUUCAAAAAAAGACUGGUGAUGUUAAAUAUGCAUCUGGAACUUACCGGAUCUUUAAACUGCCUCAAAACUCCAUCAAGACCAGAGCGCUGGUCACAUAUAAAGGCACCGUGCUUGACUGCGCUGAUUGUUUUGAAAUUGAUGCCUCUCAUUCCUUUAAGACAAAUGUCCCAGUGGAGGUAGAUGCAGAGAUGGCCGCCAUCCUCCAGAACACCCGUUUCUCUACAGACUUCGAUAUUACAAUGUUAGACACUCCAGAUCCAAACCAGAGCAGUCCUCCACAGUAUUGCCACCUUAGCCCCUUCCUUCUCGCGGAUAAACUGGGCGCCUCAGUCAAACAGUGCUCAAAGACCGGACACUAAGGUAAAUUUGGAGAGUCUGGUGGAUCAUGUGACGUCUAGAUCACUUGGGAAGUGAGAGUAUAUGGUGUCUUUAGUGCUCAUUUCAUAAUUUUUCUUUUGAUUUGAGGAAGCUGUUUGUCCGGUGAAUUGUAAAAUGACUUUUAAAAAUGGCAGAAGCCUCAACAAUGAACAACAGUAAAAUGAAUUAAAAUAUUAAUGACAGAGUUAUCCACUUUUUAUUCAUGAGUAAUCUAACCAAGAUUGUUGUCCAUGCAUUUGUAUUUUGAUUUUAAAACUUCCAACAUAUAGUUCUCUUUUUCUCUUCUUCUUUUUUUUUGUGCUGUAGUUUGUACUUCUUUUUGUCUGGCCUCUAUUUCUUUGUCCCUGUAAGACAGUAAACCAACUCAAAGUAUUGGCACUUGUUUUCCAUUCUGCAUGAAAUAAGGCAGUGCUGAUAUUGAUAUCGAUACACAGUCUCUCAUUACUCUGUUAAUUUAAUUUCUCAGCAGUGCAAAUUAUUGUUGCAGUUCUUUUUUCAGGUCAUUUAGUACCAAGCUCAUUUUGUAAAUUCCACACAUAAUGCUAUAUAAAUGUAGUUGUACCUUUAUUCUUUUUAUGGCUUUACUGUUGGAAUAAUCAUUGUUCUGGUGUAAUUUAAUUCCACUUGUUUACCAAUGCAUACCAACACUGUUGAGAUGACAUACUGUAUGAGACAUGAUACUGUAUGUGAAACUAAAUCUAUGUAAGAGAAUACUUUUAUUAUGCAUAAUUUCAAACUCUAAUUUUGUCUAAAAAAGUGAAAAUAUCUAAUUCUGUGUAUUUAGCGUGAAUAAAAUACUACCUUUAAUAUUA